AUGUUCCCCAGCCCAGCGCUCACACCCACGCCCUUCUCAGUCAAAGACAUCCUGAACCUGGAGCAGCAGCAGCGCAGCCUGGCCGCUGGGGACCUGUCUGCGCGCCUCGAGGCCACCCUGGCGCCCGCCUCCUGCAUGCUGGCCGCCUUCAAGCCGGAGGCCUACUCCGGGCCCGAGGCCGCAGCACCCAGCCUGGCAGAGCUGCGCGCGGAACUGGGCCCCGCGCCUUCGCCCCCCAAGUGCGCUCCUGCCUUCCCAGCCGCCCCCGCCUUUUAUCCUCGUGCCUACGGCGACCCUGAUCCGACCAAGGACCCACGAGCGGAUAAGAAAGAACUGUGUGUGCUGCAGAAGGCGGUGGAGCUGGACAAGGCCGAGACGGACGGCGCCGAGCGACCACGAGCGCGGCGGCGGAGAAAACCACGCGUGCUCUUCUCGCAGGCGCAGGUCUACGAGCUGGAGCGGCGCUUCAAGCAACAGCGGUACCUGUCCGCUCCCGAGCGCGACCAGCUCGCCAGCGUGCUGAAGCUCACGUCCACGCAGGUCAAGAUCUGGUUCCAGAACCGGCGCUACAAGUGCAAGCGGCAGCGGCAGGACCAGACUUUGGAGUUGCUGGGACCGCCGCCGCCGCCCGCGCGCAGGAUCGCGGUGCCGGUGCUGGUGCGCGACGGGAAGCCCUGCCUCGGGGACUCGGCGGCCUACGCGCCCGCCUACGGCGUGGGUCUCAACGCCUACGGCUACAACGCCUACCCCUACCCCAGUUAUGGUGGCGCGGCCUGCAGCCCCGGGUACAGCUGCACCGCCUACCCCGCCGCGCCCCCCGCCGCGCAGCCCGCCCCCACCGCCAACAGCAACUUCGUGAACUUCGGCGUCGGGGACUUGAACGCCGUGCAGAGUCCCGGGAUGUCGCAGGGCAAUUCGGGCGUGUCCACGCUGCACGGCAUUCGAGCCUGGUAG